AUGGAAUUUGUUCAAACAUUUGGCCGUAAAAAGACUGCAACAGCUGUUGCUCAUUGCAAAGCAGGUAGAGGCCUUUUUAAAAUAAACGGAUCUCCUAUAGAUCUUAUUAAGCCAGAAAUUCUUCGUCUUAAAAUUUAUGAGCCUAUCUUAAUUGCAGGUCCAGAUAAGUUUUCUAAUGUGGAUAUUCGUGUUCGUGUUUCGGGCGGAGGCCGUGUUUCUCAAAUUUAUGCUAUUCGUCAGGCUAUUUCUAAGGCAAUUGUUGCUUAUUAUCAGAAAUAUGUAGAUGAGCAGAGUAAAAUUGAGUUGAAAAAGACAUUAGUGAGCUAUGAUCGAACACUACUUGUUGCAGAUCCAAGACGGUGUGAACCUAAGAAGUUUGGAGGGAAGGGAGCUCGUUCAAAAUAUCAAAAAUCAUAUCGUUAA